AUGAUGAAUUGUAAUACGGUUAAUAAGAAGGCCAUUCUUGAAGCAAUUGAAGAUUUUGUGCUUCACAUAUUUGCGUGGUUCUUAGACAUUAAUGUUGAUAUAUUUAAAAAUAACUCAGACAAAAAAUAUUCAAGCAAGUUAUUUGAUAAGAAACUAAUAAACCUCUGUAGAACUCUGUCUGUAGUAGAGCUUGUGAAUGAAAUAAUUAUGAAGGAUAAAAGCUGUACACAGAGAGAAAUAUAUUACAAGUUUUAUAAUAUUUUUAGUGAGCAGAACCAGACAAACAAGCAUAUUAAAGAUGUUUGUAAUAUUUUGGGAUAUGAAAGAUCAUCAUUAAAUAUAUAUGCAUCAGAAAAAGGUUGUAUAGCUGGGUUGCUAAUUCUUAAAAAGGGAUAUGAAAUAUUAAAUCUUAGCGAACAUGAAAAUGGAUUAAUGACCAAUGAAUUUCUUUUAAAUGUUGAUAAAAUCGAAAGCAUGGCAAAUUAUAUAAUAGUUGUGGAAAAAUAUUCAGUUUAUCAAAAACUUUGCGAAAAUAAAAUAUGGAACAUACUUCCUUGUAUUUUAAUUACUGGUAAAGGUUUUCCAGAUUUAUCAACUAGAAAAAUUGUGUGUGAACUUAUGCAUACUUUUCAAUUGGAGUGUGUUUAUGUUGGAGAUUUCGACCCUCAUGGAAUUAAAAUAUUUUUAAAUUAUAAGGAAGGAAUAAAAUCAAUUGAUAAAGAAUAUUUAUAUGCUUGUAAAAAUAUGAAAUGGAUUGGUAUGUGCUCAAAUGAUAUUAUGUUUUUUCCAAAGGAAAGUCUUAUAACACUUACUAAAAAAGAAAAGAAUAUUCUUCAAAAUUUAAUAAAUAAUAAAAAUUUUUUAUCUACAUCACAAUUAAAAAAUGAAAUAAUUCAAAUGGACAGAAUAAAUUACAAAUUUGAAAUUGAAGCUGUUCAAUAUCUAGGUAUGGAUUUUUUUAUUAAGAAAUAUUUAAUCAAAAAAAUUUUGAGAAAAGAAUGGUUAACAUAA